GUACCUACCCACCUAUAUAAAGAUUGUUCAUCGAUAUGAACAACAAGCUAGAUAGUUCCCUUUAUUUAUUACCAUAUCUAUACGAACGACUGGCAUCAGAGAAUCAGUAAAUAUGUUUCUGAGUUCGUUAAUGGUCGUGUUGGCAACGUUGGUUUUGUUCAAUCAAGCGGCGAACAUUGAGAACAUAAUUGAUUUUAGUAAUAUCAUACAUUCUGAAGAUUUAACAUCCCCUCCGUCGAAAAUUGAACUGUUUCGUCCAAACGGAAUUGAAAAAACUGGCGAAGGAAAUUACGGAAACAACAGUACAUCUAAAAUCAAUAACAAUUCAAUUUUGAAAAAAUUCACCAGUGGUAUAUCUGGUUAUCUAAAUUCAUACUUCAAUUCUUCAUGCGAAACGUCGAAUAUUAUCCCUGCCGAUGAUGAAGUUUGCUUGUGCAAAAAUUCAACGAUGUUAUUUUUCUUAAAAAAAAAAAACUGUUUUUGGGUAAAGGUUUCUAAUAUCAGCAAGAAAAAACCCGAUAGUCACUAGUAGGUUAGCCUACUACCUAUUUACAUUAUUCGACUUUCGAUAUUAUACAUACCACCCCAGCAACCAUAAAAUAGAUUCGAGCUACACUCUCAAAGUUGAUAGCUUUCAUGAAAGUGACACUACAAUAUUUCACGAUUGUCUAAUUCUUUUCAUCAUCUGGGAAUCACACCUGCAAUUACAUGGGUACCUACAAUCUAAUCCAUAAUAUUUUUGAAAAGCAUAGAUUUAAUAUUUAACUUUUUCAAUAUGUAUCUAUAUAAGUUUUCUUUGUGUUACAAAAUCGUUUAACAAUAUUUCACAUUCCAUAAAUUGAAUAUUACAUUUAAAAAUAUGUUGAUAAUGUCAUAAAGUGCACAAAAACAUUUUGUAACAAACACUAA